UAUAUACUUCGUACUUGGUAGAAUGUAUAAAUACUUGACUCGUGUAACCCAAUUGCCUCACCCCCGUCGUGGGUAAUGGGUAUGUGUCACGAGCCCAUUACCCUUGAAAUGGCCAAAUAGUGAAAUACAUUAUCUAAUUAUUUAUGGUAAUUAUUUUUUAAAAAACCAGUAUUUUUCUGGAAAAAUUAGUCCCAACGGUCAAAAAACUCCAAAGUAAGUAAAAAAAAAAAAAAAUUGCACAUCUGAGAGAAAGAGAAAGAGAAAGAGAAAGAGAAAGAGAAAGAGUAAGAGUAAGAGAGAUCAGAGAUGAGGCGGAGAAGAACAGGGAAAAAAGUAACACAGGAACAGGCAAUUAAAUGGCGUCGUGCGCAGAAAAAAUCCCAGCCACCAAUAAUGAACAAGGAGAAGUGUGAAGAUGCUCAAAAUGGAACUUCUAAGUUUUUUGGAUGCUAUCUCUUAACUUCUCUCUCUCCUCGUUUCAAGGGUCAUUCUUAUAUUGGGUUUACAGUGAACCCAAAACGACGAAUUAGGCAACAUAAUGGGGAAAUUACUAGCGGAGCUUUCAGAACGAAGAAGAAACGACCUUGGGAAAUGGUUCUUUGUAUUCAUGGUUUUCCAACUAAUGUUGCUGCUCUUCAGUUUGAAUGGGCAUGGCAGCAUCCUAAAGAGUCAUUAGCAGUACGAGAAGCGGCUGCGGGAUUUAAAACCCUUGGAGGACUUGCCAACAAAAUCAAACUUGCACUCACUAUGCUUACUCUCCACUCUUGGCAAAGUCUGAACCUCACAGUUAGUUUCUUCUCUACAACAUACAUGAAGCAUGCUGCUGGGUGUCCAAGCUUGCCUCACCAAAUGAAACUUCAUUUUUGUUCCAUGGAUGAGCUUCCUUGCUAUGGGGACAGUGACCAAACGUACGGUUGUGAUGAUGAUGAUAAUGACUUUGACUCAAAUGAUGGUGAAGUUUCGCCCAGCUGUUCUGAUGACAGAAUAGAAUCUUCAGCUGAUGUUUCAAUGGAGAUGAUACCUUCUUCAAUUCAUGCUCAAAGCUGUACCUCACAAAAUUCAAGUGAUUCUAUCUUAGCUAGGGAAAGCAUAGGCAUUGUUGAUUCAUUGGAGAGUGAGUCAUCAUUGAUGAGUGCGCCGGAGGAAAAGCCAUUGCAUCAAUUACCUGUUGAUGUUAGUGCUACUCUGAACACUUCGAAUGACCAGUUACAACCUUGGGAAGAGACAUGGAUUGAUGAUGAUAGAACUUCUUUCCCUGAUUUAGGGGAGCACAUAGAACCAUUUGGGGGUGUAUACACUUCUGAGAAUGAGUUGUUUUCCAUUCUAGAGGAAAAUCAAUCUUCUUGUGACUUGCCUGCUGAUGCUCCUUUCCCCACUGGGAACGAUUUUGACGAGUGCUCAAGACAUGGAAAAGAGUUUUGGCCCAAGGAGUUGAGAGGUUCUUCCCCUGUAAUAGAGGAGCAUACAUCAUUUGAGCAAGCCGGUCCUUCAAAUUCAGACCCUCCUUCAAUGGUAGAUUUUGUUGCAGUUACGGAAGAUGUUACCAAGAAAGACGAAAUAACAUGUAUAGUAAUUGAUGAUAUCACUGAGCAGCAAUGCCAAACAAUGAGAGUUCAGUCUCCUAAUAGAAUUGCUAAUACUGUUCGGCCAUUUUCUAAUGAGGGGAUUGAGGUUAUAGAACUCUGUACGCCUUCACCUGACAUUAGAAUCACUAGAGGCAGCAAGAAGAGAAGAGCAGUCAGUGAAUUUCCUUCAUUCAUUGAUUUGACUGGAUCACCUUCUUUCAUCCAACUGUAGAAUAUUGGAAUGCUGUUACUGGAUACAUUUUAAUUUACUGGUGGGAAUUCCUCAUUGUCAAAGUCGUCAUUGCUUGUUCUACAUCAACAUACAGCCUUAGUGACCUAUAAGAGUUGAAAGUCGUGUCCUCAGGUAAUUGAAGACUUCCUUGAUCUUCCUUUACAUCAUGAUAUACAGAAAUAUAUUCCUCAACCAUCUCAUCAAUAAUGGUAUCAUUAUACAUUAUCUCCUCUAUAUGAUGUGUUCCAUUUUAAGUGGCUUCGUCCUAGCUUGUAAUGGUGUUGGAUUAAUUAUUGUAUCAAAGAAUAAUCGUGUUUAUUAAUGCAAAAAAAAAAAAAAAAUCAAUAAUGAGAUUUUUUAAUUAUUAUU